CCUGUUUCACCGUGAAAUGGAACGCUCGAGCAGUGUACGUGCGCGCAAAUAACGCGAUCGCAGCCGGCUCCGGCGGACGAUAAUCGUGGGAAGGAGUUCCUCUAUCCACUUGGGCAUUUUCGACGAGGCGCCGCUCCGUUAGCCGACACUCGUGUGCAACAUGUUCGGGACGAAAUUGCGCACGUGGAUGGAGGCACACAUCGUGCGAUCGAAGAAGAAGAAGGAUCGGAAGAAGGGCGACAAGGGAUUCGACUCGAACUGCAACUCCCCCAGGAGCCACAGCGCCAACAGAUCGCCCGCUUUGCACCAGGUACAUCCGGUGGACUCGCCGACGAAGAACGUGGACGGUAUCCGGUUGCACGGGGGCGGCUACGGCGCGACAGUGACCACUUCGUCCGGCACUUCCGGCGGUACCGCCGGAAGUGUGAGUCUCUCCUCGCCGGAGAGCGCGUACUCGACCGGCUACUCGACCGACGGCACCUCGCCCGGCACCAGUUUCCCACCCGAAUACUACAUCAACAUCAGGACCGGCACCCACUAUUUUCAGAGCAACGGUGGUAGCGGUACCACCACCGCCAACAACAACAACAACAAUAACAAUAACAACAAGAGUAGAGCGAAGAGGCCACCGGGCAACGCAGGGGAUCUGCCACCGACCGGUAGUGCUCCAGGAAAUGGAAGAGUCGAGGACAGGGGUCAGUCAUCCGCGAGCACGACGAACAUGACCAGAGACAACGGUCAGCCGGAAGUACGAGCGAGUACGCCGCACAAGAGCGCAGAGACGCCGAUGAAUCACGGUCAGAGGCACCAGCAGCAACAGAGACAGGAGAGCACUCAUCGCAGGACAGAGUCUUAUUCCGCCGAUUCGACGAGGAACAGUCUGCCGGUACCGUCGUCGAUACCGCCGCCGCUUGUCUCGCCCCCGGUGCAGUCACCCCGCGAACGCUCCCGCAUCCGGACGAACCCGUGGCUGUCGGCCAACUCCUCCGGAUCUAGCACGAACGGCCUGAAAUCGCGGCUCGCCUUGGACGAGAGCAGCAGCAGCUCCGGCCUGAAACUCACGGAAUCCUCCGGCAGUGCCAGCGACGUCAACCUGAACGGCGGCAGGGAGCCUCAUGGCAGGAGGGAGCAUCGUCAGGAGAGCCUUAGCGCAGGCCGAAGCCCGAUUAAUCAAAACUGGAGGAUUACAUCGGGCAUGGAUCUCCGACCGAAGAUCUCUUUGGCCCUGCAACGACGAGCCAGCAGCAGCAGUUCGUCGGCGUCAUCGGUGACGCGCAGCGUGCGCUCGUCCGAGGACGACAUCACGCUGAACGAGAUGAUGGGCAAGUUCGACGAGAGUUACGUGUACGAGAAAGAGACGGACAUCCUGUCGGACAGCGACCCGACCGACUGCGAGGACUACAUCGACUCGCUGUCGGACAUCGACACCGGCCAGGACGGCGGCGACGAGAACGAUCCGUUCGAAAACGACGAGCUCGAUUACAUCGACAAUGGCUCGUUCCUCGACCUGGACAGUCUCGAAUGUGGCGCCGGUCACUUUCCCAAUACCGGUCACUGCACCUACUUCACCUUCACCAGCGAACUAAGCCGACGUGGCAGCAGGCUCCGCGAGUCCUUCCUCAAGCGCAGAAGCAAGGACGAGAUCGUCUCUCAAAGAAACAUGAAUACCAGAGCCAGUUCGAAAAGGCAGAGCUCGCGACACAGGAAGAUAGAUGAUAAGCAAAGCGAGAAACGCAAGAAGAGGAUAUCGCAGCGUCGCAAGCCCACUCUAGACCGCGACGACGAGACGGCGAAUCUGAACCGCGUGUUGGUCGAGAGAAUGCUACUGAAGAAUUCCGGAUUCAAUCAGGGCAGCAGGAGCGUAGGCGGCACGCCGAUGUGCUUGCGACGCAGGAAGCACGACGUGAACAAGAAUCUCUCGCCGAUGAGACUGAAUGGCAACCCGUCGACUAUCAGACCUGUGAUCGAGAAUGAGAUCGUAAAGAGACGGUCGAACUCGGUGAGUUACGUGAAUGGCAACAUGGUGCGACGCCACGUAGCCGGCAACACGUACAUGACCACAUUCGCGUCGGAGAUCGCGCUGAUCGAGGCCGACAAGGAGGCCGAUCGCAAGUAUCGCGAGCUUAUCCUAGAGGCGGAAAACAUUCUGGUGAGCAUGCAAAAGUACCAGAACCCCUCGCCGUGUGUGCCAUCGCCGUCGCGUAAACUGCACAACGGCCUGGCGAACAAGCGUGUCGAACUCAUCAAGAACACAGAGCUGAACAUCGAACUGGCGCUGUCGAAGAGCCGCAAUUCCCAGCCGGAAUUGCAGAGCGGCAGUAUCCGCGAUCUGGAGCACACCAGUCCCAAACGGCAGUUCGCUCAGCCGUGUUCGCCGAUUCAUCGAUUUAUGGAGAGGAACUCACCGGUCGGAUUCGCGCCGAAGGAGCCCCCGCCUGUUUUCCGACAGCACGAACUGUCCAAGUGUCCGGACUCGCCGGCGAUGACGCGCAGAACGACGCCCCAGAGCUCGCCCAGCAGGACCCUGAUCCACCAGCAGGUGCAUCGAGCGCGUAAUGGCGAUCCGGAAAGCAAGGAGGGCAACAGAUCACCUCGGAUCGCCCUGAAUUGUAACGGCGGAAUGAAACCGGAAACCAUGAAUAUGAACAAUUCUCUUGGGGAGAAGAUACACGCGAACGCGAUGACGCAGGGCUCUCUCGUCGGUGGUAGAAAGGAAUUUCGCGCCGCGAGAGAAUCGACGAAGGAGGAAGGAGUGACGUCCAGCUCGUCGGAUUCCGAGGAGAAGUGCGACGUGAGACGGAGGGCUCCGUUGAUGACUUUCAGAAGAAACGACUUAAUUAAUCUACACAGAAAGUUUGCAUACGAUGAACGAUCAGUCGACAUGGGUCCCAUCAAAGAAGGUUCUUCCUAUUGCCCGCAAAGCGAGCCGGUGAAAAGGAAAGUGUACGCCGGAAGCGCAACAUAUGGCAGAAUACAAAAGACAUUGGGCGAGCAUGUUAUGCUAAGAAAUUCUGAUGGCGAUACAGCAACCGAUGAUACUGAUGAUUCGAGGAGAUCCCUGAAGGAGAAGGUAGCGCAAUUGCGGCAGGAGCGACUGGCCGCCGAGGCGAACGCGAACAACAUUCAGGACUCGCAGUUCUUCCAGCAUCAGCUGACCCAGUUACGACGGCAGAUGCUGAUGCAGACGAUCGAGGGCCUGAAGCGCAGCCUCGAAGAUCAGUCAGCCACUCUGAAGCAGACUUGCCUGGAACCGACGAGUUUGCUGACCGACGAGCUGCCUUGAAUCCGACCGGUCGACUCGUUUCCGGCCUAUUGUGCCGCACGAUCACGACUAACGGCGUCUAUACCCUGUUCCUUGCGAGGGGAACAGGCUGGCCGGACCGACAGGAUCGAAGUUACGAGUCUUGUCCUCGGCGAAUCCGCGAUUGGUCGAGCCGCCGCGCGCUGCGACGAGUAUUGAUUAAGCGCGGCGUUUACUCCAUGCGCGCCGAAUACCGAAUUACGAUGACGCGAUCCUUCUCGGGCUCGACGAUACCAGGGUCGGCUGAGUGCGGACGCGCACAUCAAAUCUCUAUUUUUCUGUCCGUCUACGUGAUAUGAGAGAGAGAAAGUGAGAUUGAAAGGAAGGGAGAGAAAGAGAGAGAGAGAGUCGAAAUUGAAUGUCGCGUAUCCUCGCUGGGCAUUGUUCCGCUCUAUUGUUCGUUUCGCACAAUAAUUAACGUUUCUCACGAACUUUUUUUUCGUCGUUUUUAUUAGUUUGCAACUUCGCGCGGGUAGGACGACUUUCAUUUGUCGCUUUAGAUUAGCCUUUUCACUAGUUAGACUCUCGUUCAAUCUAUCGUCUUUCGCGGUGCUCGCUCCGAAAUUUCUUCCCGAAAUGACGGCAGACGAGAAAUUCUUACAGAUCGUCGAAUCACGUUAGAUUAGUCCUAAAACGCUAACGUGGAAUUAUUAAUAACCGAUAUAUUACCAAGUAAUUAUAAUAGAAUAAUUAAUAUUAUUAAUCACUAUCACUAUAUUAACAUCUCUAUAUUUAACAUUUUUUCAAAUAUAUACAAAAUAUAAUAUUAUCAAUCAUUAAUAUAUUAUUACGAAAUUUGCAAUAGGAAACAAGGAGAAAGAUAGUACGCACUAGUUUGAGAUUGUACACUGGGCCCUGCCAGAGUCCCUGUUAGCGUUUUAGGAUUGAGCCUAUACUAUUCAACAUCUAACGGGCCUAUUCACGGGUGUCUGUCUUUGAUAUACUUUAGAAGAAACAAGGAAACAUAGUGAAAAAUCGUAGCAAGGAACGUCAAAAGUAACGCACGUCAUGCGAAUGAGUAAUAUAACAGUAUCGAGAAAGCAUAGAUAUUUAGCAUGUAUCCAUCUAACGAAUUUAGAAACUCACGGAUUUAGCCGAAUACACUAGCAGAUAGGCGACUCAAAACGUAUAUAAUCGAUUUAGAUAUUAGAAAGACAUUAAACGAUACGUGCCCAAGGAAUACGGCCCAGUCUCGAUCGAGAUAGGUUGGGGAAGAAUAACGCUGAUUGACAUUGAGAUAAGUUUCAUUGACCGUUUGAGCCUCAUCGAGACAAAUAAAACCUCCUACGUAUGUAAGCUCCUUAAGCAAGAUAUAUGUCUAAUCACCCCUAGGGAUAUAACUAAUUUUUAUAUGUACUUCGUAAAAAAAUAAAAAUUGAGGCUUAAAGGGUUAAAUAGAUUAAGCAGACAAGCCCGUACGUGAAAGUCAUUUAUAUGCGUUCUUGUCAAAGCGAUGAGAAUACGUGUGAAUAACGCGGAUCAUAAUAGAGAUGAAAAAAUUUAACAUCAGAUAAAAAUUUAAGUCAAGGCUUUUCUUCUCCAGCACUCUCGAUUCUUCCAACUUGAUCUGUUGCAGAAUAACGAUGUUUAUAGCAUGCGCACCUUUUCCACUUUUAGCUGAAUUGGACGCGAUACAGGAGACAAUUGUAAAACACGGGGGCUUUCCAUAUCCACUCACAGUGGAGAAAGCUAUAUUUCGCUCCUCGUUCGUGUUCGAUUCUUCAUCCGCAAACGUCACUUAUUUUUCACACAGAGGACGAGGACUACUGAUAAUCGUUUCUCGCCGUGAGACAUAAUGGGGACGCCAUAAUCAGCAUAGCUUAUACGUAUUACUCGUAAUGUUCCUAUUUUUAUGCGAUAUUCGUAUCCCCGGAAGCGAGAUCUUUCCCCGUGAACAAUCACCUCUGUUUCCGAAUAAAGUAAGCAUCCCCCAGAUUAGUAUACCAAAGACGAUAGCUUAGAUAGUAGAUUAGAGCCGUUUAACCGAUCAAAAAGCGCACCAGCGAUGCAUAUUCGUAACAUUAGAGGAUCAUGGUUAAAGCGUUUUUAGAAACCUCGAUUUGCUAGUAGGAUAAUUGUUCGAGUUACGUCAAGCGGAUUACAAAUCUUCCAUGCCGGCCAGAGUCGAGUGUUCCAUUCCAGCAUUCGCAACAAAUUUACGUGGGGUUUCGUAUUUUUUUCGAGUUACAUUUUUAAGCGAUUUAAAAAGACACAGUAGUUAUUUCUGUUUUAAAAAAAGUAUUCUUGUUUUAAGAAUAUUUCGAACGUUUGCGUUAUUUAUUUAUUUAUGUUACGUUUGCGUUUAUUUAAUUUCGAUCGAUUUCGUAAUUUCGGGCUCUGGUUGUAUCGUCAACGCGGUAUGUUCGGUCAUAGUGAUAUUUUUGUGAGAAUAGACUGAUAGCGUUAUCGAUUGUUAGAUUAAAAAAAAAUUUUAGCGAUUACUUACAUGUGAUUCAAUACGUUAAAAGAUUCACCGAGAAACGGCGGAUUGUAAUACGCACGCGAUAUAUUUAUUUGUGUUAGAUAUUAGGAAGCAUAGUAAACGAAAGCAUUAGACAAAUGUAGCGUAGCGUUAGUUGCAUUAGGCAAUCGUCAAGUAAACGAAGUCACAUUUUGUUUCUUCCUCUCUUCGUUUUCUUUCAAAUCGCGUUUGUGAUUUAUUGCCGUGAAAUAUUGCCUCUAAUACGAUUUUCCUUUCGAACAUCGUAAUCUUUUCCGUUUGUAGCUUAUUGUGGAGACAGACGGAGAUCGUAAAUCGAAAGUCUUUGCGCGAUACGCCCGAGUAUCGUUAAGUGAGACGUUGUUCGAGAGUUUUAUACGUGAGAAAAAAAAAACACAGAGGACACUGUAUAUAACAUAAUUUUUUAACCGAGGAAUAUUUUAAUUUUUUAUAAUCGUAAAGACGGAUUAAUGCGUCGUUGUCAUAAGUUCGAUGAUUUUUAUGCGAUCGCAUUGACAUUCCAAGAAUGCAGUUUGCAUUGGUGACGGGAAGAGAGAGGCAUGUUGUCCGGAUUUGUGCGAUCCGCGAAUCGGUUAAAGCCGAGCACAACAGUUUCGAGCAUUGGGCACCCUUGCCGCAAAACGACACUCUAGUCACUCGAUUAUUUACGCAGGGUAUGGAUCGGCAAACUCCGAAUACGUGCUUGGAGGCAAAGUGGAAUUAUUGUUGCAAACGACAUCUCUUGUGUACCAAGCCAUUUACGAAAUAAAAAUGGUUUUUUUAUAUGAUUAUGAAUAAAUUAUAUUAUGUCGUUGGA